AUGGCUGCUCAAAUACAAGGAUCUCAACAUUCUCAACGAAUUUUAAAAAGAAAAUAUCCUGUACGAUUGUUUAAAAAAGAUGAUACCCAUUUUGAACUACGAAGAAAAAAUUUUUAUUAUGAUUUAAUUGAAGAUACUGAUUUAAGAAAGAAACCAAAUAUAGAUUUAAUUUUAACUAAAGAUAUUGAAAGUUAUGGGAAAAAAGGGGAUAAAAUUAGUUUAAAGCGAUUGAAAGCCUAUAAUGAUUUUUUAUUACCAGGAUUAGCUGUGUAUGCAACUCCAGAAAACAUACAGAAGUAUAUGUCGAUAGUAAUUAGUACAGAACAUCAGCAUAGCUCAAAAUAUGCUAUAGAACUAUUAAAAGUAUUAGAAAAAUGUUGUUUAAUAGUAAAUAUGAAUAUAGAUAAUCAUUGGAAAUUGGAAAAAUGGCAUAUUAAAGUAAAUUUUCGGACAUGUGGUAUAUAUGUAACUGAAAAAUCAAUAACAAUGCCAAAAAAAGAUAUAAUUGGUCCAAAUUUGCAGAAUGAAGGUAAAGAAUUUUAUAUAAAAGUCACUAUUAAUGAAACUGAGGAAGUGAAGGUUCGAUGUCGAUUACAUCAUGUUACUACUGUACCGGAGCAUCAACUUCCUGAAAUAUCAGAAUUCUGGAAAAUAUCAAAUGGAGCUUUAUUCCCAGAAGAUGAGAAAGUGCUUAAUGCACUUCCACGACCUAAAUGGGAAGAUUAUAAUAUUGAGAAACAAAUGUAUAAUUGUUAAUUGUUUUUAAUAAAUAAAUUAA